AUGAAAUAAAGAAAAAAAGCAUAAGUAGCAGAUAGAAUAUGCUUUAAUGGUGACAAUUAAAAUUCUUAAGAAUUAAUAACUAAAGGUAAACAAUUAAUAAAUCAAAUACCAAAUAUUAAAAUAGUGAAUUCAAUUUUAUAGAAAUAUUUUGGCUAUAUUAUUUAACCAAAGCCUUUUUAGAAAUUGAAAAACCCUAAAAUUAAACACAAAACUGAUUUACAUUCCAAUCUUUAAUACCUUGAAAAACUAAAGACUACUCAUUUUGAUAGAGAAUUAGUUUAAGAAAUUAAAAACACAGAAGCAAAUUUUUCACCUUAAUCAAUACAAUAUAGGAAUUGUUUAAGUUUAACUUCUGACUUUAAAGGAUAAAAUAUACUUGAGUAUGUAUUUGAAGAAAAAUUAAGUAAAUAAUAUUAAUUAAUCAAUAGGAAGAUUAGAGUGGAAAUGCUGUAAUGGCACUAGUAAAUUUCUAGUUUAAGAAUUUAUUGAAAAAGAUUUAUAUUUGAAUGAUCAUACUGGAGUUUAAUAAUUAAUUAAAUAAAAUGAUAGAUAUUAUUUAAAACAUCUAUAUUCUGUAGAAGUAGUUAAGAAUGAAAAAUCAAUAUCAGUAUUAUUAUUAUACAUUAUUUUUAUAGAAAUAUUCAAGUGCUGAUUAAAUAAAUCAAAUAUUAUAUGAAUAAACUUUUGAUAGAUUAUAUAUUUUAUCAAAAAAGUAAUUAAAAACUGAAGAUAUAAUUUUGAAAUAAUUCUCAAGUUAAUAAGCUGAACCCUACUUGAUAUAAUCUGUAUUUUUACAUAAGAAUCCCUUUUUAUUAUUUUUAUAAAGUUAAAAAGAACUAUAAUUAUUUGAUUUAAGGAAAUAAAAUACUAAUGUACUUAUUUCUAUAGACUUACAAAAUUUACUAACAAAUAGAAUAUAUUCUAUUCAUUAAUUUUAAUAAAGUCAAUAUAUAGUUUUAUCUACUAAUACUGAUCUUUAAUAUUAUGAUUUAAGAAAUCUAAGAAAUCCAUUCAGCAUAUAAAAACAUGGUUGUAUGGAAACUGGUAUUUCAUAAUUUGUUAGUAUUAGUGAUUAAACAAUAAAUUUUGAUGAUAUUUUUAAUUAAGAUGAUUUAUAAUUAAAUAGAAAUAAAACUUAUUCAAAUGCUGAAAGUGUUAUUGGUUAUUCUAAUUUUGGUAAUUCAAUUUUUAUUAAUUUUGAUUGUGGAUUAGUCAAUUAAAUUAAGGAUAAUCUUCCAACUUUAAGAAUGUGUACAAAUUUAUUAAUUGAUGAUUCACUUUAAUAUGGUACAAGUGAUUUAACAUAAAAUGGUUUCCCUAUGCUUAUUGGAAAUAGUUAGAUAUAUUCAAAAAGAUUAAAAAAUAGAGGAUUUUAAUAUAUUUAUCUUGAUAAGAAAUAUUUCAUUUUUUCUUUAGAUAAAUAAGGUGGUUUGGGAUUAUAAAUUUUAGAUUCUUAUUUUGAUCCAAUUUCUAUUAAUUAAUAGUCUAAGGAUAUUAAUGAAAUUUUGAUUGUAGAAAGUUAAGAAAAGCAAGAUAUAAAUAGAUGUUCAAAUGAUUAUGAUUCAAUUUUUGAUGAAUUUUAAGAUAUUCAAGAUUCAGAUUUAGAAUUAGUAGAAAUUUAAGAAUUAUUACCUAAAGUUAAAAAAGUGAAGUUGAGUAAUUUUUCUGUUGAAGAAUUUAAUUUUUAUGAAGAGAAUUUAGAUGAAGGAGUAUAAUUUGAGGAUGAAAUAUUACUUGAAAAAGUUGAGAAGGAAAACUAAAAUGAUAACAUAGCUUAAUUGAAAUAAAAUCAAAAUUUCGUUUUGACAUAAGACAUAAUUAAUUAUAUGCUAAAAUAGAUUUGA